AUGGUGGACCAAGGCCGAUUUCAGGUCGCUCUCAUCUUUGGGCUGGUAGUGGGACUUGUAGUCGGAUGUGUACGAGCGGAGAAACCGGACGUUAUGCGUAUCCUGACUAGACACCAACAGUAUCGCAGUUUGACACAGGCAGCAGAUAUGAUGAAAAUGACAUGGAGUGUGAAUCUGGAGAGGAUUGCAGCCUUGGUGGUAGAGAAGUGUCCCAAAUCUGUGGAGGCGGUACGUUCUCAAACGGAGCUCCGCGAUCUCGGUGCCAAUCUCGGCUCCGCGCCCUACCCCCCGCCUCUGCAGGACGGCUACCCGGAGGACAUCCAGACCUCCAUCAUUGACCAGUGGGGAUCCCAACGCUCCUACUACUACCCCGAUAGUGGAUGUCCUGGCCAUCCUUGCGAUGCCUGGUGGCAGGUUGUCUGGUCGAACGCAUCCCAGGUCGGCUGCUCACUGAAGGUCUGUGGGACUAAAUCCAUCAUGGUGUGCAUCUACAACUCGAGGGCUAAUAACGAGACAGACGCCCCAUUCAAGAUCGGAAAGGCCUGCUCCGCCUGUCCCUACGGUUACAGCAAGUGUGAACAGGGGAUGUGUGUAGCUGAGAAGAAUCUACUGAUAGAACCGGAGCCUCUCCCCGGGUUUCUUCCUGCCGCCCCCAGCACGGGCGAAAACGAUAACACCGAGAUUAACGACAGCGGCACUGAUAGCUACGGGGAUCCAGACAGCACUAGCCGACUGACAGUCCUCCUCACCAGCUCCAUCUGCAUCUUCCUUCACAGCCUCCUCGUCUAA